ACCACCACCUCGAUCACCACCACCAGCAGACCUCUUCCUUUCGCUCCUUCUCCACAACAGACAAACAACCAAACACUUACAAACACCAAAGAGACUCUUAAACAAAACUCCAUCUCCACACUGAUUGAAUGAGCGUCGUACCGCGAGUCUUCCACCAUGUCCCCAAACCGAUAUCCUUCGUCGAGUUUUACGAGGCCGUCCAAGCAACAUGUCCUCCGCGUUUCCCAGAGGCAUUCUCGUGCGGUCCCAUGCCUAUAGCUCUCGCCAUAAGUGGAGGUGCCGAUUCCAUGGCCUUGGCCUUCCUCUUCAACCGACUCCGCGAGUUGGAUCCCAACUUCCGCAUCGCCGACAGCAACCUGAACUACAAAAUCAAAGCCUUCGUCGUGGACCAUCGGCUCCGUGCCGAAAGCUCGCGCGAGGCCUCCGCCGUGGCCACCCAGCUGAACCGCAUGAAGCACAUCACGGCCGAAGUGCUGGCCAUCAACUGGGCCAAGGACCUCCGCCACGACCAGUCGGUCGACCUGGAGAACCGGAACCCGGCCGAGCUGCCCAACGUCGAGAGCAUCGCCCGCCGGCUGCGCUACCGCCGCAUCGGAGCCCAGUGCCAGAACUGCGGCGUCAUGAGCCUCUUCACCGCCCACCACCAGGACGACCAGUACGAGACGGUGCUGAUGCGCCUCCUGAACGGCCACGGCAGCCGCGGCCUGCGCGGCAUGCUGCCCGCCGCCAACAUCCCCGAGUGCCACGACAUGCACGGCGUCUACGAGAGCGGCCUCCUCGACGACCAGCUGCGGAAGAGGCCCGCCCUCGGCUUCGCCCCGCGCCGCCGGGAUCGCCGCUCCAUCCGCCGCGAGAUGCGCUCCCAGAUCGACCUCCCCACCUACAUGGCCGAGCUCCGCGCCGGCCAGCAGACAGACCUAGACAUUGCCUACUUUGACGAGGAAUACGAAUACGAAACCCGCACGGGGACCGGGACCGGGACCAGGACCAGGACCAGGACCGCCGUGCCGCCCAUCCCGACCGAGGACGCCGGCGUCAUGCUGUACCGCCCGCUCCUCCCUUUCGGGAAGGACCGCCUGGUCGCCACCUGCGAGGCCAACGGCGUGGCCUGGUUCGAGGACGCCACGAACCGGGACCCGACCCUGACCAUGCGCAACGCCGUCCGCUGGACCUGCGCCCACCACCAGCUGCCCGCCGCGCUGCAGAAGCCGUCGGUCCUGCGCCUGUCGCGCAACUGCCUCGCCAGGUCCCGGGCCCACGACGCCGAGGCCGAGCGCUGGCUGCGCAAGAUGCGCAUCCACGACUUUGACCCCAACGCCGGCACCCUGGUCGUUGGGCUGCCCGACCUGGCCUUGCCGUCGUCGCCACCGUGGAACGGGAGGACGGGGACGAGGAGGUGGCGCUACAGUCGUCGUCGGAGGGAGCUCCGCCUCGUGCACCGCCGCGUCAUCGCCGCCCUCCUGGUUCGACGGCUUCUGGCCUUCGUCACCCCGGAUCACCACCUCCCGCAGAUCGCUUCCCUGAGGAGCCCCAUUGCCCGCCUGUUCCCUUCCAUCGGCGACCCGGCCGAGCUGGCCCGCCUCGACAAGGAGCCCAAGCCUUUCAACCAGGGUUCUGUCCUCUUCAUCCCUCUGCCUUCCGCUUCUUCUUCUUCUUCUUCCACGUCCUCCUCUCCUUCCACUACAUCAUCACCCCCCAAAUGGUUCCUCACCCGCCAACCCUACCCCUCCAGCAAACCGCUCCCCAGCCUCAGCUCCAUCCAAAACGACCACUUCCCGGGCAGCUUCGUCUUCCUCACCUCGCCCUCCACCCAGCCCCGCCCCGAGAUGCCCUGGCGCCGCUGGAACAAGUGGCGCCUCUUCGACGGCCGCUUCUGGGUCCGCAUCCGCACCCGCCACAAGGGCCUCCUGCGCGUCGCCCCCUUCCACCCGGCCCACGCCAAGGACUUCCGCGACGGCCUCGACCCCCCGGGCCGCGACCUCCUCGCCGACGUCUUGAGGCGGUACGCGCCCGGUAAAGUCCGAUACACCCUGCCGGCGCUGUACUCGGUCGAGAGCUGGCCGGAGCGCGAUUCUCCGGGGCCUCUUCCGGGGCCUCUUCCUCGUUCUACGCCCAGGCAGAGGGGCGGGGGAGGUGGGACCACGUCUGGUGGGUGGUUGCAUGCCUCUAGUGGCGACGGCGAGGGAAAAGACACCACCCCCUCCUCCACCACCUCCUCCACCACCUCCACCACCAGUAGCGGCGGUGGUGGUGGUAGCAGUAGUAACAACAACGACGGUCCGCAACAACCUUCCAAAGGGGAGAAGAGACCCCAAAAACACGCCUCCCCCGUGCUGGAGGGCAUCGACAUCUGGCGCGGCGAGAAGCGCAGGAUCAAGCUGCUGGCGCUGCUCACCAUGGGCGUACACCUGCCGGGGCUGGAGGAGUGGGUGGAGUGGGAGGUGCGGUAUAAGAGGGUCGACCAGAGGAUGCUGGAGAAGACCAUGCCGAUGGGGUUCAUGUCCGCGCUGGCGCCGUCGCCGUCGUGGGUGUCGCCGCGUGGGAAGACGACGAUGAGGCCGAGGAGAGCGAGAGCAGUGCGAGGGAGGAGGGCGGCCAGGACGACGAGGGCGAGGGCGAGGGCGAAGGCGAGGGCGGUGCGGGCUCCGGUGGGGAGACGGCGGGUUCCGCUGAGGAGAAGGGUUGCAUGACCUACGUUUGUCUGGAGAAAGUCGAAAAUAGGCAUCUCGUCGGUCGGUCUGCAUCAGUACUUUAGAUACCCUUGUAUAACGCCUGUACAACAAGAGCUUCGCGGCUCCGCAUCCAUAUAGCAAGCCAUACCAUACUACUACAUGCGCGGGCCCCGGGCCUCUAUCAUAUUUCUCCCCGACACAAGUGACCAAGGUCGACACAAGUGACCAAGGUCGACACAAACCGUCAGGAGACAAGAG